UCACGUACUCCCGCACGAAUUGUGCCUCAAAACAGAUUACAUUUCGUUGCUCAACCACGAACACAGUCAGGAGGAAACAGCUUGCGUUGCGCUUCAAGCGCUUGAGCGCUUGGGCCAGGCCAAGAGCCAUGGCAGGCAUUCUAAGAGGGACUUUUCGACGCUCAAAGCUGGAGCCGCUGACUAACCUAACAUCUCGUGCUUUGACUAUCAGUGCAAUUCAAUGCAGUCCAUUUAAUGAAGUGCAAGCGACAGCAACCUUAUCCUCCGGGAAAAGUAUAAAAUUUUCCUGUGGAAAGUACGCUAAAAUGGCCAAUGGAGCUGCUGUUGCGCAGUCAGGAGAGACAGCAGUCAUGGUCACAGCUGUCAGGAAGGACUCCCCUUCAUCACAUGAUUCGUUUAUGCCUCUCAAUGUGGAGUUCAGGAUGAAGGCUGCAGCGGCGGGGAGAAUCCCAACCAAUUACCUCCGCAGAGAGUUGGGCCAUUCUGAGCGCGAAAUAUUAACUGCAAGAUUGACUGACCGCUCAAUUCGUCCCCUUUUUCCUAAGAAUUAUUUCUCUGAAGUUCAAAUAAUUUCAAAUAUGCUUUCGGCAGAUGGUACCAAUGACCCUGAAAUUUUGUGUAUUAAUGCUGCAUCAAUGGCUCUUGCGCUAUCAGACAUUCCUUGGGAUGGCCCAGUUGCUGCUGUGCGCAUUGGCAUGUUAGGUGAUGAUCUGGUUAUAAACCCAACAAGACAAGAGUUGCAAAACAGUUCCAUGAAUUUAGUUGUCACUGGUAUGAAAUCCAAAGUCGUGAUGCUUGAAGGAAGUUUUAAUGACCUCAACGCCAAUAUUGUCAUGCAUAGUAUUAAAGCUGGUUUGAAAGAAAUUCAGAAAAUUAUAAGUGUUAUUCAAGAAUUGGUUGUAAAUUGUGGUAAAGCUAAGCAAGAAAUUCCUGAAGAUUCAAUGCAUCAAGAAUUAGUAGAGUAUUUAGUGUCUCACCAUUUAGAAGAUUUAAAACAAAUACUGACAGAUUUCUCCUUAAAUAAACAAUCAAGAGAUCAAGCUGUAUCUUCACUCAGGCAGAAAAUAAUUAAUGAAAUGAAAUCCAAGGGAGUAAUACAUGAUGAUAUCAACAUUAGGAAAGCAUUUUCUGUUUUUCUUCAAGAUGUUUUCCGCAAUUUAAUUUUUAAGACAGGUAUUAGGUGUGAUGGGAGAGGAUUGAAUGAUGUCAGGGACAUUUCAUGUGAGGUGAACUUAUAUAAACCCCUUCAUGGCUCUGCAUUAUUUCAGCGAGGGCAAACUCAGGUUUUAUGCACUGUGGCUUUAGAUUCUCCUCAAUCUGCGGUUAAAACUGAUUCUUACACCAUACUUACCAGUGGGCCCAAGGAAAAAAGCUUUUUCCUCAAUUAUGAAUUUCCUGGCUAUGCAACGAAUGAAGUAUCAUUAAAGAAAGGGGUCAGUCGGCGAGAAAUAGGACAUGGUGCUCUUGCCGAAAAAGGAUUGAGACCUGUUGUUCCUCCGAAUUAUCCUUUUUGCAUAAGACUUACUUCAGAAGUUCUUGAAUCAAAUGGUUCAUCUUCUAUGGCGUCAGUAUGUGGUGGAACUUUAGCACUGUUAGAUGCAGGAGUACCUAUUUCAGCCAUGGCAGCAGGUGUUGCAGUAGGACUCAUAACACGCUGCGAUUCUGAUGGCAAAAUAACGGAUUACAGACUUCUAACGGACAUUUUAGGAAUGGAAGAUUAUUUUGGUGACAUGGAUUUUAAAAUAGCAGGAACCAAAUCUGGCAUAACAGCUUUGCAAGCAGAUUUUAAAAUUUCAGGUUUACCUCUGGAUAUUUUAAACCAAGCUAUCACUGCAGGACAUACAGCUAAGAGAAAUAUCAUCAAUAUAAUGAGUCAAACCAUUUCAAAACCAAGUGUAAAAGAUGAAGAUAACAUGCCUAUCUUGGAAACUUUUGAGGUUCCUCUUCACAAACGCAACAAAUUACUUGGACCAGCAUGGAUCAAUGUUAAGAAACUUUUCCUUGAAACAGGGGUUCAGAUUACUCAUUUGGAAGAUACCAAGUUUUCUGCCUUUGCUCCAAAUGCCUCUGCAAUGCAAGAAGCUUAUGAAAUUGUUCAAAAGCUGAUGGACAGCAGUUCAGAACCUGAAUUUGAAUUUGGUGCUAUUUAUGUAGUAAAAAUUCUGGAAUUAAAAGAGUCUGGUGCUAUAGUCUCACUUCAUCCAGAUCUAAAUCCAAUUUACAUUAACAACUCCCAUCUGGAUGUUCGAAAGGCAGCACAUUCCAGCGCACUAGGUCUUUCAGUUGGCGAUAAGAUAUCAGUGAAAUAUUUUGGACGUGACCCUGUCAGUGGACAAGUGCGAUUGUCUCGAAGAGCUUUGCAGGAAUCAAGUGGUCGUGUUGUAGAUUUAGUGGAUAAAACAUCUAGUCCAACACAAAUUACUAGAGAAAAACUAACAACUAAGGCUCCGACUGAAGAUCAAAAUUAAAUCCUUGACAACUUGACUACCUUAGUUCUCAGUAUUUUAUACUUCUUGUUCAUACUGUCUUAUUUUUUGUAUUCUUUUAGAUUGGGGAGGAAUUAUCAGAGAAUCAAUACUUAAAUUUGUGACAAGUA